AUUAGAUGAUGUAUCUAAUUUCAAUAAUACUUUAUGUUGAAAUUAUACAAAAGAAAAGAUUUUGACUUCAGUGAAAACCAUCGUAACAUGACUACAAUGACAUACAAUGUCAAAUAGGAUCAAAUUUUGCAAUGCUAAUAACAGUAAUAAUGUUCGCUUAGCUGAUAAGAAAGGGAUCAGGGAAUAGAAAUAAAUACAUAUUUAAUAAGAAAUGUUUUUAGUAGGUUUAACAGGAGGAAUAGCUACUGGGAAAAGUAGCGUUGCUGCUAUUUUUCAUGAAUUCGGUAUACCUGUCAUUGAUGCUGAUCAAAUUGCACGAAAAGUUGUGGAACCUGGAAAGCCAGCUUGGCAUAAAAUACGAAAAGAAUUUGGUUCAGAAAUUUUCUUAGAUACAAAUGAACUUGAUAGAACGAAGCUUGGAGAUAUAAUAUUUAAUGAUAUAGAAAAAAGAAAAAAAUUAAAUGCUAUAACACAUCCAGAAAUAUGUAGAGAAAUAUAUUGGCAAACAUUCAAAUAUUUUCUACAAGGACAUCAGUUUAUAGUUAUGGAUUUGCCAUUACUUUUUGAAACAAGACAUAUGUUGAAUUAUUUACAUAAAAUAAUUGUUGUAACUUGCGAAGAAGAUUUACAAUUACAACGACUUAUGGAAAGAUCAGGUUUUUCAGAAGCUAAAGCAAAACUAAGAAUUGCUGCACAAAUGUCAUUAGAAAGGAAAGCAGAAAUGGCAAAUUUUGUUAUUGAAAAUUCUGGUAAUGUACAUGAUACCAGAGAGCAAACUAUUAGAAUUAUUAAUGUUUUAAAGGCUUCUAAAUACCAUUGGAAGUUACGUUUUUUGGUUGGACUUUGUUGUACUGUUUUACUAGCAGGUGUAUAUUGGUUACGAAGUAGAAAAAUAUGAUCUUUACCAACUAUAGUGUAAUAGUCGUUCACUUACAAAUGCUUAUAAACACAAAUACCAAAUUAGUGAGAUCUUAAUACUGCAUUUAUCAAAUUUAGAAAUUAACCUGUUUGUAUAAAUAAAUAAGAUAGUUCAAGAAAGUAUAUAGCUACUACACACUUUACACAUAUUUGAAAAUAUACGAUGUAAUGAUUAUUAUGUAAUUAUAUAAUUAUUAUUUACUAAAAUUUUCUUAUAUUAUUUUUUUUUUGUAAACAAAGUGACAUAUAUGAGGGUCGUUUGGAAAAUAAUACCCGUUUUGAAAUAAUAAAAAUACAAAUGCAUCUUAAAAAGUUUUCUUUAUUUGUAAUUUUAUAUAUAUAUAGUAAUAGUAUAUAUACUAAGUUAUUUUCGAUACAACCACCAGCUUUACAUUUUAACACUUAUCGUAAUGUUAUACGAGUUUUUGUAUAUCUUCGUCAUACACCGUCAUACAUCGUUUCUUGUGAAACAUUAUCGACCAAACAACUCUUGAAAUUUUGCAAAGAAACUGCAAUGAUAUCACAGAUACAAUCUUGAGCUUCUCUGUAAUGAGAAACGGGCGACCUGAAUGCUUAUGAUCACGUACAGUUUCCUAUUGAAUUAUCGCAGCCACGAUCUUACUAAUAAUUCAUCUAUAACUCUAUUAUUGUUACCUGCUGUAAUUCGGUAGUGAAUAAUUUUUGGAAGAAUUUUUCAGCCUUCGAAAAGCGUAAAGGCGUCAUCGACGGGAUUUUUAAUUCGCAUCGUCAUUUUAAACGUGUGAUACAAAGACAAUAAAUAUUUAAAUUAAAUAUUUAAACAUUUAUUAAAAAUUUUUAAUGACUUAUGUCAAUACAUGAAUGAAGCAAGGUGACCUUCCAUAAAUACAUUCCAUCGUUUUAUAUAGUUGAUAAACGGGUAGCACUUUCUGCAUGAUCCUCGUACAUCAUGCUUUACAGUUUUUCCAAUUGUAGAAAUUGAGGUAUACAUAUAUGUUAGUAUAAGGUACAAGAUUACAAUUACUAUCUGUUUUAUACAUAUAUUUGAAUUAGUGAAUGAAUUAUGAGUUAUUAUUAGUGAUUCACGUGACGACACGUAUUACAUAAAAUGAUUUUAUAUCUGAUAUAUAUAAUUAUAUUCACUUUUUAGAUAAUUAACACGAAAUGUAUCCAUAAAAUGAUGAUAUGUAAUUUUAUAUAUAAAUAAUGUAUUCUAAAAAAUAGCAUGAGUCAAGACAUAUUACGUGAGAAAUGUUUUGAUAUCUUAAAAACAAAUUUAACUGGUUAAUUAUUUUGGUCUACAUAACUUGUUUUUAGUGCAUAAGUAACAUUGAUAAUUAUUAAGACAGAAUAAGAAGUUGUAACAGUAAUGGAAAUACAAACUCAUAAGUUUAGUUGUAACUUGCGAAUUUCUUAAUAUGUUUCGUAUCAUUGAUUAUUACUCCUAGUAUAUCUUGUAUAAAUAAAUAGCCAAAUGGCACAUAAUUGAAAUUA